AUGGUGGACGUGCUGGGCGGGAGGCGGCUGGUGACCCGCGACGGCGCGGCCGUGGAGGCGGAGGCGGCGCUGCAGAACAAGGUGGUGGCGCUGUACUUCGCGGCGGGCCGCUGCGCGCCGUCCCGCGACUUCACGCCGCUGCUCUGCGACUUCUACACGGAGCUGGUGGGCGCCGGGCGGCCGCCCGCGCCCUUCGAGGUGGUGUUCGUGUCGGCCGACGGCAGCGCGCGCGAGAUGCGGGACUUCAUGCGCGAGCUGCACGGCGCGUGGCUGGCGCUGCCCUUCCAGGACCCCUACCGGCAUGAGCUGAGGACCAGGUACAAGAUCACGACCACCCCCAAGCUGGUGGUGGUGAAGCAGAGCGGGGAGGUCAUCACCGACAAGGGCCGCAAGCAGGUCCGGGAGCGGGGGCUGGCCUGCUUCCAGAGCUGGCUGGAGGCAGCCGAUGUCUUUCAGAAUUUCUCCGCCUGACCAGGGAGGGACCGCAAGGCCCUGGACGGGCAGACCUGUCACCGCGGAGGGGAGCUGCGGCCGUGCUCUGGAGCGGGGUCCAGGCAGAAGCUGGGGGCUGCAGCCAGGAGCUCUCGCUGCCGGAGGACAAGCCCCAUCUGUCCCUUCUUUAUGGUUACUCUUACUGUUGGUGGCACUGUUUCCUCGACGGCAGCUUGAGCCACUGGUGUGUGUCAC